AUGAAAUCUGCUAAGUGUAAGUUGUAUCUUCCUCACGAACUCGUCGAGCAAAUCUUGUCGUACAUUCCAGCGAAAGCUCUUAUGCGAUUGAGGUGUGUUUCCAAGGCUUGGAAUGAUCUCGUUUUGGAUCCUACUUUUGUGAAACUGCACCUUCAAAGGUCCUCCAAGAACAUCCACAUGCUAUACACGUGGAAACCAUUGGCUCUCGAAGGCUUUAGGUGCUGCCCAUAUGCGAUGCAAUCCAUCCCCGUCCAACGUUUACUAGAGAGCCCAUCUUUAGCCAUUGAUGGAAGUGAGAUCCCAUGCGAGUUCACUAACAACAUCACCCACGUCAUAGGAACCUGCAAUGGAUUGGUCUGUUUGAGGGUUAUAGUCCUUUCUCCUGUGAAUGAUAAAUAUGGUAAAAUCUAUAUCCGACUGUGGAACCCUGCUACUAGGAUAACAUCACACGUAUCUCCACCCUUGGAACUUCAAUUAUUAUCUGUGACAUUGGGUUUUGGCUAUGACGAUUCGAGCGAUACUUACAAGGUAUUGGCACUGGUUAUGGUACAAAGAUCAACUGAUAGAGAGCUCACAGUUCACUGCCUGGGGGACAAGUGCUGGAGAAAGAUUGCGAGUAUUCCCACAAAUUCAAUGAUUCUACAGUAUAAGGGUCACUUUCUGAGUGGCACUCUUAAUUGGAUGGCACGACAUGGCUCAAGAAAGCAUGUAAUUUUUUCGUUUGAUUUAAGGAAGGAAACGUACAGAUAUUUUUCAAUACCUGAAGCUCAAAAAACAACUCGGACUAUUAGCGCAGAACUUGGGAUUUUGAAGGGUUGCCUGUGCCUGGGUGCUUAUAAUCGUUAUGAAACCCAUUUUGCUCUCUGGCAAAUGAAGGAGUAUGGAGUUGAAGAGUCUUGGACUCUGCUCAUGAAAACUAUUCGUUUAUAUUUUCAGAUUGAUUCCGUUCUAUUCCCUUUUUUUGAGCCUUAUCCGUUGGCCGUGUAUGAAAAUGGCGAUGUUCUGUUGAUGCUGAUGAAUCGACCAAGGGUUGAACUUUUAUUGUAUAACAAGAAAGACGAUAGAAUAGAGUUCGUUGACCAGUGUUACAUGAAAGACAAUAAAAUGAAGACCGUUGAAGCUGUCCACAAGUCAAUGUGGAUUUACUCCAACUAUUUUGUUCAGACAUUGGUUUUUCCUCGUUGGAAUUGA